AUGGCUGUCAGAGCUGGCUGCUCCUCCAUCCCUCCACACACCCAGAGACUCCAUUACGUCCUGAUGGGCAGGGGUUUAAAACCCAUCGUACCAUAUGUCAAAGUGGCUCCAGAGGACAUCCUGAAGGUGCAGUUUCCCCGCUUCACAACUCUGGACUUGAGACCAACGAACACCGACAUCAGCUUGGCCGUGGCCGGCCUUCUUACAUUCUUUAACAGCACCGCCUCCUGCCUCAUCUGUGCCCAGGCCGACUGCUUGUUGAAUUUGGAGCAGCUGCUCAGACAGUUCCUAAUCUCUAAGGAAACCCUGUCAGUGCGCAUGUUGGAUGAUAGCCAGGACCCGACCCCUCUCCUGAAAGAGAUCCGUGACGACAAGACGGCCACCAUCAUAGUGGACGCCAAUGCCACCAUGUCACAUAUCAUUUUAGAACGG